AUGGCGCAUCGCGGCGCCGUCGACGCGCGCGCGUUGCCGCGCGCGACGCGCGCGCGCGGACGCGGCGACGAUGGACGGUGUCGCGUCGUCGCGCGCGCGGGGGCGUCGCGCGCGGCGGCGUUGCUCGCGGAGGGACGGGCGAUGUACGAGCGAGGCGAUCGCAUGGGUGGGUACAAGACGUUCGAGCGCGCGCUCGAGGGGGAUACGAUGUCGAUCGAGACGCGAGGGGAGUUGAAUUACUGCGCCAUGUGCUGCGUCGCCGCGUUCGGGGACGUGGAGGCGGCGAAGAUGUACUUGCGGGAGAUGGAGGGAUGCGGGUUGGCGUUCGAGGACGCGACGAGCGACCCGUCGAGGAUGAAGAUGGAGUCCUCGGCGCUGAUGCGGAAUCAGUUGAAGAAAUUUGCGGCGGGGGAGGGACGGUCGAUUGGAGCGGUGCGAAGGGAGCAGUUUGAGCGGGAGCGGGCGAACGAGGGGGCGGGGACGCGGUCGACGAUUAGCGGACUGCGCGACCUGGACGUGAGCUCGGACACGGAUGAGAGCGUGGAGGCGAUCGUGAAGCGGGUGGGGAUACUCAUCGCGCUCUCCGUCGUCGGUUUCGCCGCGCUGUUCAACGCGGGUAUGGGGAUCAUGCAGCCGGGGAGCUUGCCAUUCGAGGAGAUUUACUAG